AUGGCUUUGGAGCAGCCGACGUCGCCCCAUCCUGUUGCCCCCACUGCAGAUGCUGUCCCGAGCUUCGUGCAAAGCUUGCACACCAUGCUUCAGGUGGAAGACGCAUCCAUCAUUCGAUGGACGCCGGACGGCCAAGCGUUUGAAAUCCUGGACCAGCGCAUGCUGGCGAACCGAAUCCUCCACAGGUACUUUCGCCACACCAAGUACGCGUCGUUCCAGCGCCAACUCAAUUACUUUGGCUUCCGCAAGUGGCCCAAGCAAAAGGCGGCCAUUUGUACGUACAGCCAGCUCUACUUUUCCCGCGACAACCCGGCGGACCUGCACAGGAUCAAGCGCAGAGUCAAGGCAUCGCUACUGGACGCAGGCCAGGUCAACGCAACGCCGCUCGUCGACUGCAGCGUAGAAGUAUCGGAUGCAUCCUUUCUUCCGGCCGCGUCCCAUGGGUUCUUAACGUCGGCGGAAGAUCUAGAUAGCCUCGUGACGACGCUGAACACUAAUGCCAUGUGA